AUUUGCACUUCGUUUAACUAUCUAAAUCGUUGUCACUUGUCACAACUUCGAGUAUGUCUACAGUAUUGAAACUUGUUCUAUGUGCUUUUAUUUUUAUUCGGUUUUUUGUUCAGGGUGACCCCAUCGACGAGUUGAAGCAGACUUAUAUGAAUAUAGUUAAGGAAUGUCUGACCAAAUACCCCGUAACGUCUGAGGAAAUGGAACACAUGAAAAAUGGUACUUUGUCAAAAAGUGGACAAGCCAACUGUCUUCUCGCGUGUGCUUACCGGAAAACUGGAAUGAUGGACGAAGCUGGAAUGUUAUCAUUGGAAGGCGUAAAUAAAGCUACCGGAAUGUACUUUUCAAACAAUCCUGAAAAAAUGAAGAAAGCGGAGGAAUUCAUAGAAGCUUGCAAGGGAGUGAAUGAAGAAGAAGUAAAUGAUGACGGGGACAAAGGUUGUUAUCGGGCGGCGCUGAUCUUCAGAUGUACUAUCGAAAAAGCGCCAGGGGCAAAAACGGACGAAGAAAUCAAAGCGGACUUUAUCAAAAUCGUGACGCAAUGUUUGCCCGAUCAUCCAGUGGACAUGAAUGAGCUGACGAAACUCCAGAUGCUGGUUGUGCCCAAAAAGACAGAGGUGAAGUGUCUACUCGCAUGUGCUUACAAGAAGGAAGGAAUCAUGUCUAGCAAGGGUAUGUAUGACUUGCAACAUGCUUACAAAAUAGCAGAAGAAAAUAAAAAUGGAGACGAAAAGAGACUGGAGAAUGCUAAGAAAUUAGCUGACAUAUGUGUUAAAGUUAACGAUGUCGAAGUGAGCGAUGGCGAAAAGGGUUGUGAACGAUCAGCGCUUAUGUUUAAAUGUUUAGUUGAAAAUGCUCCUAAGCUCGGAUUCAAAGUAUAAAAUUAUGAAUAUUAUAUACUCGUAGAACGUGAUGCUCCACGACAUCAAAUUUAUUGCAAGAUCCUUUGUUUUGAUUUGAUAUAUAGAAAAUAUAUUUUUCAUAAGUAAAUUAUGGAA